AUGCCUCUGGAUAUCGACCCCAACUAUGUUCUGCAGGCCGCACGACUGAUGGCCAUUGUUGCAGCAGCGCCUCACCAGGAUGACCCUCGCUAUCUGGACUGGGAGAUGAGGAUUUACCUCGAAGUGAGUCGGCUUGAAAAGAGUUUCCCGCAGCCCUUGAAGUCGUUGAGGAUGCCUGGCAUCAUCAUCAGCGCAUUGCUGGAAUUCACCCAGGCAUACCAGCAGAAGGCCCUGGCAUGGCUGGACCACAUAUCGAACGAUGAUGAGAGGAUAUAUAAGAGGUACCCUCUGGCUGUGAGCGAGUAUGGGGAGUGUGAGGACCUGGGAAGGCAGUGGUGGACUGAAGAUCCAUAUUGCAAGCUGCCACUGGUGAAGAGUACGCCAGCGACCGGCUCGGGCAAUGUGCCAGCCGAUGACAACACCCAGGGACGUGGCACGGAGGACUUGGGGACUGGGGACCUCAUCACCAAGGGGAAAGGCAAGGAGAGAGCUGUCAACGAUGCCGGGACAGGCAUGGUGGGUGAUCGUAUCGUCCACGUGGAGGUGGGGGAGGACAAGGGAAAGGGAAAGAGCAAGGAGAAGGUGCAGGGGAAGGCAGCGCAUGCGAUGAGUGAGGAAGAGGAUGAGAGAGAGGGAGAGGGAGAGGAGCAGGAGGGCGAGGACAAUGACGAUGCCAACAAUGAUGACGGUGAUGAGAACGAUGAUGCCGACAAAGAUGACGAUGAUGAGAUGGCGGAAGACGUGCCGAGUGCAGGCCAGCCCGAAUCCAUUGAGGUCGAUGUGGCGUCGCCUGCUCUGCCAACUGCCAGACCAACAUCGAUCUCACCAGCUGCCGCACCACUCCAAAAGUGCAAGGCCGUCAUCACGGAGUCAAGUGAGGAGAGUGAGAAUGAGGAGGCGGCUCUGAAGGUGAAGCAGAUGAAGCCGAUCGAGGUCACAAAGGAGAAAGGCGAGGCCCCGACCACCUCUGCUCAAGCCCAGCAUGUCCAGAACAGGAUGGCGCAGACUGAGGUGAAGGGCUUGAAGGUGAGCAGGAAGAGCGGGAAGAGGAAGGUGAAGAAGUCGAGCGAUGAAGAGGAAGUACUGACCACCAAGCUGCCAAAGAAGAAGCGUGCGACGAGAGAAUACAAGAGCAAGGAGUUCAUCGAAAGCGAAGAUGAGACUCCGGCACCGCCUUUCAAUCUACCUGCCAAGACUGCAGGAGACUCUAACGCGGGUGUUGCGAAGAUAAAUGCCCCUGCCAAACCUGUCAAACAGACAAUGAGGAUCACAGUGUCGCCUCAUGUCACACUGAAGGUGAAGGCAAAGGGGAAGGCAAAGGCGACGGGGAAGGUGAAGGCAAAGGCGACAGGGAAGGCAAAGGCGAUGGCAUCGCAGAAGGACAAGUGGAAAAAGACGUCCACCCACGUGUCUGACUUCAUGUGGGCACAUGCAACGGAUUCGCUCGUCCCUUGCGUCGGCUGCCAGGAGAAAUAG